UGAGGCAGGUGAGGCUUGGGUAAGGUGACCCUGAGCCCGGGGGCCUCCUGGACUGACGAGAGCCCGGGCCUGGGGAAGGUGCUGGCCCCACACGCUGGAGGGCACAGGACAAGGACACGGUAGGCCCGGCCUGAGCCACCGCCCUCGGGUGCAGCACCUGGUGUGUGAGGCCUGGCACUGAAUUGCGCCUGCGCCUCCAAAGCCUCACUCUUGCCUGGGGGCGGCUGCGCAGGAAGCCUAGACUCGCUUGUCACAAGGUGACGCGGCCUUUGGGCACCACUGCCCGGGUCCUGAAUGCGAUGCUGCCCUUUGUGUCACUAAUGCCAGGUGAGGCCCUGAUGCCAGGUGAGCAGGAGGACAAGCCUGGACGAUGACCUCUUCAGAAAACAAUCUUGACAGCAAUAACGGCCGACCCUUUGUGGUGCACACCGUGGCCCAGCAGCCUUACCCAAGCUUCUGGUACCAGAAUCCUGCCUAUAAUCCGUUCUGCGUUCCCGGGGCAGGGUCCAGAAAUGGAAGCCUGUAUUUCCCAUGUUCAGUGGUGCCCAGUGAGUAUCCCGGCUUCCUCGUACCUCAAUCCCCGUUGCCCACUACACUUAACCGCAGACCGGGAUUCCCUAUGUGUUAUCAUCCAGCACAGUUCUGGCACUACAGUGGCUAUGCAAGAAAAAUGAAAACACAAGAGACUCAAACUGAACUUCAGCAGGAGAAUAUGAGCAAAAAACAAGAUUUACACUCUAAAGGCAACAGCCGUGACAUAGGCAGGGUGACCAGUUUCUCUACUAACAGUGACAUAGAAAGUGACAACAUUCCCGAAGAAACAGAUGGGGCUUGGUCUUCGGUUGCUCAGAAGAGGGAACUACAUGCUAAGAGCUCUCCUAAUGAAACACUGUGUGGUGACACACCUCAAGGAAGCUAUGCAUCUGAGAACAAGAAAAUGAUGGAAGAGGGCAAAGGAUCUCUUGUAAUACAGUUCUGGAAGACUUUCCAAGAAACCGUGCAUUUGUAUGACCUGGUUUAUGGUAGAUCCAUGCCAGAGAAUGUGCAGCACAAUAGGAUUUCACGGAGUUCAUGUGAAAGUCUGGGUGUGCCCAGUAAUCCUCAGGAGGGUGAAGACCCCAUUUUGUAUAAAGGUGAACAAAUCGCUGUCGGGUCAGAGCAGUGUCAGGUUGUAAGACAUGAUGAGAUGUUAAAGUCAGGGUUAACCAUGGAGACGGAUAAAGAAAAGAAGGGACAUGUAGCUGUUCCCCAAAUCCUGCCACCUCCAGAUGAAGUGAAAGACGGAGUUGAGAUCCAUAAUACUCUGAACUCAGACUUGUAUCCAUCUUCUGGAGAUGUCACCACAUGUCACGAAAGGCCACUGUGCAUCAGCAUGGAAGCAGUCAAGGACCUGAGCCUACAAUCUAGAUCCCAGAAGACCCUUGUUGGGGAAAGAAAGCCAGACAACAGUAGGGGGAGCCAUGGCUUCCCUGAGAAAGUAGAUGAAGAGGAAGUGGGAGAGCAGAACAGUUACUCCCAGGGGGCCGUUCCCUCAGCUGCCUGGUUGGCCCAGUUUGAGAAAGUUGAUGAAGCCAUCCAGUGUGAUAGUUGCUGGUGGCAGGAUGCAGAACUGGAGAGGUGCCUUGAAUCAUCAACAGAAGGGAGUGGAAAGGGAACAGGGAGAGAUUCAAGGCCUUGAGCUUUAUCCUGAAGAUGAAAACUUAAAGAUAUUGGUAAUGAUUCUGUGUAUAAGGUAUCUUGAGUCUCUUAUACAACCAAUUUAAGGAGAUGUAUUAUUCCAUCACUAUUUCAUAGGAAACUAUUUUCUGAGUUCCAGUUACAAAGAAUAGCUAAAUAUUACAAUGUCAUGUUUGGUUUAGAACAUUGAUUUUUCUCUUGAUUUGAACUAAUACAGCUAUUAUACAAAAACCAAGUUAAGAAAA